AAAUGAUUUUUAUAUUUGCAUUUGAUAUUAUGUUAUAUUAUUAAUAAAUAUGUAUUCAUAGGACAGUAGAAUUUUCCAGUGAUAGGGGGUUAAGCGUACAGUAUAAGGAUAGCUUAACACAUUUAAUGAAGUUGUGUGUUUUUAUGUAAACAUCAACCGUAACUAUUACAGCAUUUCCCCUGAAAUUUAAACAGGCGUAAGCAGAAUUAAAUCCUAAAAUGGAAUACCUAAGUUACAGAUAAGCCCACCUCAAUUCCUUACCUUAGUACAAUGCAUUAUUAAAUGUAGACUACUUGCAUUUGGCACUAUUCGGCUUUUUUUUAUUCUAUUUCAUUAACUACAUUAAUUGCAUUUGUUAUAUGAAAUAUUGUUGGAAAUUACGUAACAUCUAAAGAAGGGGCGAAGCUUUCCUAUGUUUUAUUUUGAAAAGCUUAACCGGAAAGGCCCAUCUCGUCUUACGCUGCUUAAUUACAGAGAGUUGUUGCAAAGGUAACUUCCUUCAACCGUGUUUUUUUUUUUUUGCCUUCGUGGAUUCCAGUGCGAGUUGUAAAUCCACAGAACGCGCCGGUGUUUGUGUGGACAGGCAAAUAGUAUCCCCCCCCCUCCCCCCCCCAAAAAAUGUACGGCUCUCCUCUUCUGAAUAUCGCGUGAAUUUGUCACUUUUUCCCCCCUCUGCACCGAGCGGAACGAAGGACGUUACUGUCGGCGUCAUGUAGAGCGAAGCUCCGCGCUCCAGACUUCGGGAAACACGCGCCGGGGGGGUCGUCGGUGAAUUCUCGAGGAGAUGCCUCAGUAGUUUCGACCCGCGACACUCGCCGAGCUCUACUGAAGCAGAAAAACAAAACAACCAACCACCACGCUCUACAAUGACUGUGAGAGGCGUGUUGCUUUUGGCUUUGAUCGCCCUGGUCCUUCCCUGUUCCGGCCUGGAAGGGGACGUCAGCGGGAGAAACACCGAAUGCUUGUGUGAUGGAGGGUCCUGCGGCAGUGGAGGCCGGUGUUUCGGCCAGCAGUGCUACGCCUCCCUCGCCGUGCUGAACGGGACGUCGGCCCCUCGGAGGGGCUGCAUCGUGGGUAACGAGGAAAGGUCCUGGCGAUGCGAAAGCCCGCCGACUCCCGAACUGGUGGUAGAGUGCUGCUUUGGGGAUUUGUGCAACAUGAACAUCUCUUUGCAGUUGCCGAUGAAAGAUAUAGAGCCGUCUGCUGGCAGGCCGGUCCUCAGAGACCAGCAGUGUAUGUGCGAGGGCGGUGUGUGUGAGCGAGACCAUCGCUGUGCCGGCCAGCAGUGCUUCACCUCUCUGAGGCUGAUUGACGGGGCGGCCGUCCAACAGAAGGGCUGCCUGAGGGACGACGAGGAGGGCAGAGUCACCUGUGCCACGCCGCCCUCGUCGGCCCUCGUCGUCAAGUGCUGCCAGGGCCAUCUGUGCAACAUGAACGUCACUGUGCAGACUCCGGGGAAAGUGGAUGAAGUAAAGCCCCCGACCAAGGAGGAGCAUGACUGUGUAUGUGAGGGCAGCUCCUGUGACAAGGAGAAACGCUGCAAGGGCCACCAGUGUUUCUCCUCCCUGACGCUCAGCGCCGGCUCCCUGGUCUACCAGAAAGGCUGCUUCAAGGUCUACGAGCAGAGCACGCUGACCUGCAAGACCCCGCCUUCCAGGGACCAGAUUGUGGAGUGCUGCCACGGGCACUUGUGCAACUUGAACAGCACCGUGGCGCUUCCCGUCGAAGCCGCCGAGCUAUCCAGCUACAGUGUGACCACACUGGCCAUCGUCAUCGUGGCGCCUGUCAUCAUCCUCAUCGUCCUCUCCGCCGUCGCCAUCCUCGUCUUCAGACGCAUCCACAACAACCAAAUGGAGAGACUGACGUUGCGGGACGCAGAAUAUGGAACCAUCGACGGCCUUAUAGCCUCCAACGUGGGGGAGAGCACUCUGGCGGAUCUCCUUGAUCAUUCCUGCACUUCAGGAAGUGGCUCGGGACUCCCUUUCCUCGUUCAGAGAACUGUUGCACGACAAAUCACGCUCAACGAGUGUGUAGGUAAGGGCCGUUACGGUGAAGUGUGGAGGGGUCAGUGGCAGGGAGAGAGUGUCGCCGUCAAAAUCUUCUCCUCCAGAGACGAGAAGUCCUGGUUCAGAGAGACUGAGAUCUACAACACCGUGCUGCUGAGGCAUGAGAACAUCCUGGGCUUCAUAGCUUCGGACAUGACCUCGAGGAACUCCAGCACUCAGUUGUGGCUGAUCACACACUUCCAUGAGAUGGGCUCCCUGUACGACUACCUUCAACUCAGCACCCUGGACGCAUCCGGCUGCCUCCGCAUGGCGCUUUCCAUCGCGAGCGGCCUAGCGCACCUCCACGUGGAGAUCUUCGGCACUCAGGGCAAGCCAGCCAUUGCCCACCGGGACCUCAAGAGCAAAAACAUAUUGGUGCAAAAGAACGGACAUUGCUGCAUCGCUGACCUUGGUCUGGCCGUGAUGCAUUUUCAAGACACCAACGAGCUGGAUGUGGGGAACAACCCCAAAGUGGGCACCAAGCGCUACAUGGCCCCCGAGGUGCUGGACGACUCCAUCCAGAUGGACUGCUUUGAGUCCUUCAAGAGGGUGGACAUCUGGGCCCUGGGCCUCGUCCUGUGGGAGAUCGCCAGGAGGACCGUCAGCAAUGGUAUCGUGGAAGACUACAAGCCACCUUUUCACGACGUGGUCCCAAGCGAUCCCAGUUUUGAGGAUAUGAAGAAGGUUGUGUGCGUGGAUCAGCAGAGGCCCAACAUCCCGAACAGAUGGUUUUCAGACCCUACAUUAACCUCCAUUGCUAAACUCAUGAAGGAGUGCUGGUACCAGAAUCCGUCUGCCAGACUCACGGCGUUGCGCAUCAAAAAGACUCUCACGAAGAUCGACAACUCUCUGGACAAAGUCAAGACAGACAUUUGAGUCUGCUUCGAGAUGAAGAGGCGCACCUACUGACGUCCGCUGGGAAGGGGGCUCGGACCCAGUUAAAGAAUUCUCACAAGACAAAAGACUUGAUUGGUUUAGUGCCCUUAUAGUGGCACAAAUCUGUAUUUAUUUGAAAACACUUGGCGGGAAACAUUUUGGCAUCCAAAGAUGGCGUACCGGGCAUUUCUGAGACUGCCAGUGGUCACUGAAAGAGGAAAAUAUAUAUUAAAGGUAUGACGUAGGAGCUGUUUGCAAUGCUAUUCAAGGAAGGAACCGUUACCUGAGCAUUUGAUCGGGCUUGCUUUUUUUUUUUGUUACAACCACAGAUUUUGUUGGACAUGUUGUUGUUGUUUUUUUAGAUUUGAAAAACUUUUUAGCGAUUUCACUUCAUCUCCAUAAUUGUGCCGUAACGGCCAUUUGUAUUACAGUGGAUCCAGGGUUAUGUUUGACUUUGUGCGUCGCCUCUGUUUACAAAGCUGUCAGAACCGGUUUCUUGGGAUCUCAGCGAUCCUGCGUCGGUUGGUUGUACAGCUGCAUCAACGGCACUGUUUCAUUCCUGCAACAGCGUUCAGCUGAAGGUACCCUGGUUACAUCAUCAGUCUGGAUUUUGACAUAGAAUUUACCUGUAGCUGUUGUAUGUUUUUGUUUCUUGAGCUCCACAGAGACAAAAUGCUUAAGGAACAAAUAAAAUAUGGGCUAGAAGAUAAACUUAGAGGCCUGUAAGUAAGUAUGUAAAUCCUGUAUACUGUCUUACCGCGUGCUUGUUGUCUUAAUUUGUGCAUUGUCAAGUAAAUUAAGUCAAACUUCA